CCUGCAGCACUGCAGUCGGGCUCACCUUUAAUCUCUGGAGCUGCAGCUGGAUGACCUCCCUGCUCACUCUAUGAGGAGGCUUUAAACUGGGAACAAACCAAAGAGGAGCUGCUGGAUGAGUUUUGGCUUGUCAGGAUUGCUUUUUUCCCCUAAAGGUGUCAUCACCUGGAUUUUCUCCUGAGACAGUUUGAGAAAGGACUCGUUUUCUGUGUUUUUUUGUUUCUGUGCUGCUGUGGGAACAAAUAAUGUUCUUCUCCAGGACGGUCCUGCAGCAGUGGUGCUUUGCUGUCUUCUUGCUCUGCUCUCCGGUGCCGCACUUUGGACGGCCGAUUGAUGCCCUGAGCAGCAGAAUGAAACGCUCGGUGAGUCACGCUCAGCUGAUGCAUGACAAAGGCCGGAUGAUGAUGGAACAUGAGCGUGUUUUACUCCUGAAGGCGCUUUUGGACGAAGUCCACACGGCAGAGAUCCGUGACCUCCCCAUGCGGACCACAGGGGGAGGCGGGAGCAGCAGCGACGCCGGAGUCGGGAUGCCGGGGGUCGGCCUGGGAAUCAACCUCAGCACCACCGGCAGCACCCUGCACUCCAAACCCCCCGGAGGCACCAAGAACCUCCCCAUCAGCUUCCGGCUGGAGGAGGAGGAGGGCACCAACCUGCCACAGGAGACCAACAAGUCGCAGACAUACAAAGACGGCGUGAAUAAAGUGUCGGGCAAAAAGAAGAAGAAAUCGAGGGCUGGGAAGAGGAGGGAAGGGGAAAAGAGGAAGAGGAGGGCUCGCUCUUUGGGGUGGAGGCUGGAGGAUGAACUGGGUAGCGGACUCCUCCUGGAGUGGAGGUCUCUGCUCGGCCUCCAGAGGGCGCUGCAUUAAAACGCCGUCAGUCUCUGACGAAGAAACCUUUGGACGGCUGGAGUGGACUCCUAAAUGCUCACAUUACAGACUCUGUAACUGUGAUUGUUUGGAAAGAAAUUGGAAAAUAUUUAUUGUGUGUAAAUAUUCUAAAUAUAGCAGAGUAGAUAGCAGAAUAUGAUAAGAAAAUAAACCUUAUUGACGCUCCGCAGGGCGACAGAUUUUACUCUUUGUGAAUCCUUGCUUUUCCCUUUUUUAAAUUCCAAUUAUGUUCAGUUUUUUUGCAUUAAUUUAUUUUGUCUGAAUGGUGUAUUUAUUUUGUAAAUGUAUCGAGGUGCUGCUGACCUUCUAUAUUUUUGUACCAUAAUGCACUUUAGAUAUAUAAAUAUAAAUAUAUAUACCAUUAAUUUUGCUCAUUGACUUGUGUUUGUGGGUGAUUGAAAUGAAGAAAAACGAUGGUUGUCUCUCUGUGUUACCUUUCUGUCGGUCUGUCCAAGGGUCCAGUUUUGUUUUGUUUCUCUGCUGCUGUUUGUUCGAUUGUUUUCAGUUUGUUGUCUUCGAACCGCUCUGCUUCUCACGGCCAAACUUCACAUGUGUACAUAAACCAAACACAGCUCCAUAUUGUUGUUUUUGGCACUUGCACUGAGAUAAACAGCCUGUACUGAAUGGAUUAAACAUUUGACAGUAUCUUUCUCUCAGCCUCU